AUGGAAGAAGAUGAUCAUGCUCCUCUUUGGUGUUAUGUUACAAAACUAGAAAAAUUGGGAGGAGGUGGUAAUACUAGGUUUAAAUGCAAUUACUGUCAACAAGAGUACAGGGGGUCAUACUUUAGGGUCAAGGCACAUUUGUUAAAACUUUCUGGCAAUGGGAUUAGAGUGUGCCCCAAAGUGACUCCGCAACACCUUGCUGAAAUGCAAAAGAAAAUUGAAGAAGCUGAGAAGAGGUUAAAGAUGGCUAUGCCUAAAAAAGUUCCUUUACCACCUUCCACCCAAUCUACUUCAACAAGUUCAGGGGCUUUAGAUAUUGGAGGAUUUAGGAUGGAGGGGUAUGAGCCAAGAAAAAGAAAGGCUACUGGAACUUCUGCUCUAGAAAAGGCAUUCAACCCAGUUAUUCGGGAACAACUACAUUCUGAGAUUGCUCGCAUGUUUUACUCAGCGGGGUUACCUUUUCAUUUAUCAAGGAACCCAUAUUAUGUUAGUGCAUUUCAAUUUGCUGCCAACAAUCCAAUUCCUGGUUAUGUACCACCCGGUUAUAACUUGCUGAGGACUACAUUGCUUCAAAAGGAAAGGGCUAAUGUAGAGAGGUUGUUGGAGCCAACUAGAGCAUCAUGGAAGGAAAAAGGGUUGAGUAUUGUUUCAGAUGGAUGGACUGAUUCUCAAAGAAGGCCCCUUAUUAAUUUUAUGGGAGCAUCAAAAGCUGGGGCAGUGUUCUUGAAAGCUGUUAAUUGUGAAGGCGAGCAUAAAGACAAGUUUUUUAUUUCCAACUUAAUUAGUCAAGCAAUUGAAGAAGUUGGACAUCAGAAUGUCAUUCAAGUCAUUACAGAUAAUGCUCCCGUGUGUAGUGCAGCUGGUUUACUCAUUGAAAGUAAGUACCCGAAUAUCUUUUGGACACCAUGUGUAGUUCACACAUUGAAUCUUGCUCUUAAGAACAUUUGUGCUCCAAAGGAAACAGGGGGUACUGCUUUUGCUUAUGAUGAAUGUCACUGGAUCACACUUUGUGUUGAUGAUGUGAUGUUUAUCAAAAACUUCAUCAUGAACCAUUCCAUGCGGCUAGCUAUUUUCAAUGAAUUCGUACCCUUGAAGUUGCUUGCUGUUGCAGAUACACGUUUCGCAUCUGCCAUUAUCAUGCUCAAAAGGUUUAAACUUAUAAAGCGUGGCCUCCAAUCAAUGGUUAUUAGUGACCAGUGGGUUUCUUACAAAGAAGAAGAUGUUGGAAAAGUAGCAUCUGUGAAGGAAAAAUUAUUGAAUGAUGUAUGGUGGGAUAAGAUUGAUUAUAUUUUGACUUUUACAUUGCCUAUCUAUGAGAUGCUUAGGUUUUGUGACACUGACAAACCAUACCUUCACUUAGUCUAUGAAAUGUGGGACACCAUGAUUGAAAAGGUGAAGGCAAGCAUCUUUAGGCAUAAAGGGAAGCUAGAUCAUGAGGAAUCAAUCUUUUAUUCCGUUGUGCACAAUAUACUAGUUGAGAGAGGUGGUCCAAAAGUAACACUCCUCUUCAUUGCCUUGCACAUUCUUUGA